UUCCGUUUGUGUUACGUCUGCGAAGGUUCGACCGAACCCAGGAUGAUAACAAACAUAUUUACGUAUUUCUCUGAUAACAGACUUGCCUUAUCACUACCGUGUAUUUAACAGUAUUGCGCAUCGAAGCUUUUAUUGUCGUACCAUCCGCUUAUGCGAGUAUAAUAAGCAAGUUGUUUUGAUGUAACCACUCGGCGGACGGGAGACAGUAUGUUGACGGAAGUAGACGUGGAUUUUGUGACGAGAUCAGAGCCAAACCUGCACAGUAAACUGACGUAUCUAUCACGUUUUGACGCCAGAUAAGCUUACGAGUAACUAGUAACUCACAACCUGAACCGGUGCUUAUUUGGGCAGGUUUUUUUUUUUUGUGAUUUCAUACAACUAUGUGGUGUAGGGUUGUAUUUGAAUCGAAAUGUAAUACAAUGUUUGUCAACCUCGAAGAAACAUGUUAAGCCAAUGACAGCUUCACUAUGCAUGUGCAACAUAAAAGUUUUGAAUGUUGCUGACAGAAAGCGAACGCUGUUUUCAACUAGAUUCAUCGGCAUAUAACUCUUAUAGUACAGUAGAUACAGUAUAUUGUAUUUUUAUAUCGUGUUAGUCCACGGAGAAGAUGUCUCCAAUUCCUGCUCUUCCUCUUAUCAUUAACUGUUGUAUGUCUGCACUUGGCUGCAUUGCAACUGUCAAGCUUAUUCCUGCUUUUAAGGAUCAUUUCAUAUCUGCAAGACUCUAUGGCAUGGACCUAAAUAAAACCAUAAAGAAAGAGGUGCCUGAAUCGCAAGGUGUAAUCAGUGGCACAGUCUUCCUCAUCAUUCUCUUCCUCUUCAUCCCUGUGCCCUUCCUCCAUUGCUUCAUGGGAGAGCGGUGUCAACGGUUCCCUCACAACGAGUUUGUGCAACUGAUUGGUGCUUUGUUGGCCAUCUGCUGCAUGAUAUUCCUGGGCUUUGCUGAUGAUGUUCUGAACCUACGAUGGAGACACAAGCUAAUGCUGCCCACUAUAGCCUCCCUGCCUCUACUCAUGGUCUACUUCACUAACUUUGGCAACACUGUCAUCGUCGUGCCCAAACCUUUCCGUGUCCUGCUGGGGAUGCAUCUGGACUUGGGCAUUCUGUAUUAUGUAUAUAUGGGAAUGUUGGCUGUGUUCUGCACAAAUGCCAUUAACAUCUUGGCUGGUAUCAAUGGCAUUGAGUCAGGGCAAGCUCUCUUCAUAUCUGGCUCCAUCAUCCUCUUUAAUUUACUGGAGCUCAAUGGAGACUACAGGGAUGAUCAUGUUUUCUCUUUGUUCUUCAUGAUUCCCUUUUUCUUCACCACAUUAGCCCUCUUCUACCACAACUGGUAUCCUUCCUCUGUGUUUGUGGGAGACACUUUCUGUUACUUUGCUGGAAUGACGUUUGCAGUGGUUGGGAUACUCGGCCACUUCAGUAAGACCAUGCUGCUUUUCUUCAUCCCCCAAGUCAUCAACUUCAUUUACUCUCUGCCUCAGCUGUUUCACAUUAUCCCCUGUCCAAGACAUCGCCUGCCUAGGUUACAGUCUGACACAGGAAAGCUUGGCAUGAGCUACUCCAAAUUCAAACAGAAGGACCUGGGCAAAUUAGGACGACUUAUUCUGGAGGUGGCAGAAAUGUUAUGGCUCCUGGAUGUGCGUAGAGGGCAGGAAGGAGAUGAUGAGUUUAUUGAGUGUAACAACAUGACUCUUAUCAACCUGGUACUAAAAGUGCUGGGACCUACCCAUGAGAGAAACCUGACUGCAAUCAUGCUGUUAAUACAGGUCUUGGGGAGUGCCGUGGCGUUUGGAAUCCGGUAUCAUCUUGUGCGUCUGUUCUACGACGUCUAGACCACUGAAGCUCCUGAGAGACUUCACAACCUGCUGCUUUCAUUUGAAAAAAAAAAAUGAAACAAAACUGAUUGUUGUAAGAAUGAUUACUAUACCCCCUGUCCUACAGCUUCUCUGUAUGUGUAAGGACAGUCUAUACAUAUGCCCUAAAUUCUCAUUGGGACAUGAAAGCUCUGUAGAUAAUGAACAGUGUCUGCAUAAAGAUUUCCAAUAAUUUGGGUUGACCCGAAAAGAGGGUUCUAUUUUGAAGGAUUAUGUGAAAAUGUUACAGUCAGGGAUAUUUUAGGCAGUUGGUGAAAUUUUUGGGAACAUUUCUGAAAGAUUACUUUAUAUAUGCAGUUAUAUUUUUUGUGUGUCAGAUCUAAUAUAAUGUCUUUGACUCAUUUUAAUAAACCAACAAUGUCAGUGGGACACACUAGCUUCCGGAAAGGAAAAUGUGCUUUAUAUUUUUAUUGUUUUAUAAAUCAGUUAUUCUAUAUUUCAUAUGCUUUAUAUUUGUACUAUUCUCAUGCGGUAUUCAGACGAGAAACCAAAUGUAACCCAGUCAAUACUAAUAAAAAGCACUCAAUUUUCAA